CGUGACCGGGGAAGGAAUUCCAAUGAAAGAGACAAUGGAUGAACCCGAGGAUGAUAUGGUGAUUGAUGGUGAAAGGGAGCCUGAUUGCCCCAACCUCCGUAUUGAUCGGGACACAAACGUCUGGGGAAUGCGUGGCGCAGGGCCAUCAUUGUUAGGGUCUUGGGCACUCCUUUCCCUUCUCUUCGUUCAAUGCCGACUCCAGUACCUCUGGGCUACGAUAGAGACGAUCAAAUUAGCAAGCAUGAGACAAGGAUUUUACUUUGUCUGCUUUACCACGGAACCAGACUACGAUAAGGCUCUAUACGAAGGUACGUGGAUGAUCGAGGACCAGUACACCCUCACACGUCAUUGGAAACAAGGAUUCGAUCCAGAUGAAGGUGAUGAUGUCCUAACUAACAUACUGGUAGGAGAUCGCCUCCCCAAACUCCCAAUGUACUAUUUUGACUCCGUGAUAUUGUGAGACAUUGGGAGCUCCAUAGGUCGGUACAUCAAGAUGGACGAGGCCACACGCGAUGCUUCUCGAGGACAUUAUGCAGGAAUAUGUAUCGAGGUCAAUCUAAACCUUUGAUCAUCAAGUAUCAGCUGGAGAGGCGUAUUCGAAGCCUACAAUACAAGGGACUCCAUAAC